CAAUGAUAGAAGCCAUGUGCUGUAUGCUCUUCGGGAUUGCAGUUUUCAUGUGUAUCGAAUCGCUGAUUUGUGACCUGAGAGAUACAAUCAAGCAUUUCACCGCUGCCCUCAAUCGCGAAAAGAAAAGAGUCACUGGAGAAGAGCCCCAAGAGCAAAUUGCUGCUCUACAAGCAUUGCUCCGAGCCUCCAUCGCCACGGAGGAGAAGCUCCAUGCUGAGAAUCUCGAGCUCUCGGAGCUCGCGAAAAAGCACAGAAAAGAAGCAGAGGAAAUCCGGCAGAAGUUCAAGGAUUCCGAGGAACAGUUGAAAAGCGAGCUUAUGGAUAUUGUGAAUGAUUUGAUGGCCAGAGAGCAGAAGAAGCGGCAAGAGUACCAGGAAGAGCAGGAUGAGCAGGCUUUCGAUAAGCUUGACGAAGUGAACGCAGAGUUUGAAGGUUGCUGUGAGAAGCUGGAACUUGUCCCAGAGGCCGCAGUGGAACAGUUUUAG